UGGACUGCACUAUGUGGACUCUGGGACCUGGAGGCAGAUUCUUGACUAAUCCCGGAGGGCUGGCCCAGCCGGAGCUCCCCAGGCUGCUAGGAAGCGAUGACCACUCUUGUUAGCCCAAGUUGAAGCGAGCGCAGCUUUGCCUGGGGAGCUGGGAGAGGCCGUACUCUUCAGAAGACUGGCACAAGAAAAAUAUGAACUGAGGAGUAAACAUGUAUGGAAAUUAUUCUCACUUCAUGAAGUUUCCCACCGGCUUUGGCGGCCCCCCCAGCCACAGUGGCUCUACUUCCAUGAGCCCGUCGGCAGUCUUGUCUGCAGGGAAGCCAAUGGACAGCCACCCCGGCUACACUGACACCCCUGUGAGUGCUCCACGGACUCUGAGUGCAGUGGGGCCCCCCCUCAAUGCUCUGGGUUCUCCUUACAGAGUCAUCACAUCUGCCAUGGGCCCCCCCUCAGGAGCUCUGGCAGCCCCUCCGGGAAUCAACUUGGUGGCCCCACCCAGUUCUCAGCUAAAUGUGGUGAACAGCGUCGGCAACUCAGAGGACAUCAAGCCUUUACCAGGGCUCCCAGGGAUUGGAAACAUGAACUACCCAUCCACCAGCCCUGGGUCUCUGGUUAAACACAUCUGUGCCAUCUGUGGGGACAGAUCGUCAGGAAAGCACUACGGGGUGUACAGCUGUGAAGGCUGCAAAGGCUUCUUCAAGAGGACGAUCCGGAAAGACCUCCUCUACACGUGCCGGGAUAAUAAGGACUGCCUCAUUGACAAGCGCCAACGCAACCGCUGCCAGUACUGCCGCUACCAGAAGUGCCUGGUUAUGGGCAUGAAGCGGGAAGCGGUGCAAGAAGAAAGGCAGAGGAGCCGGGAGCGAGCAGAGAGUGAGGCAGAGGCUGCCCAUAGCGGCCACGAAGACAUGCCUGUGGAGAGGAUUCUAGAAGCCGAACUUGCUGUUGAGCCAAAGACAGAAUCCUACGGUGACAUGAGCGUGGAGAACUCGACAAAUGACCCUGUCACCAACAUAUGUCACGCGGCUGAUAAGCAGCUUUUCACCCUUGUUGAAUGGGCCAAGCGCAUCCCCCACUUCUCAGACCUCACGCUGGAGGACCAGGUCAUUCUGCUCCGGGCAGGGUGGAACGAGCUGCUGAUUGCCUCCUUCUCCCACCGCUCCGUCUCUGUGCAGGACGGAAUCCUUCUAGCCACGGGCUUACACGUCCACCGGAGCAGCGCUCACAGUGCUGGGGUCGGCUCCAUCUUUGACAGAGUUCUGACGGAACUGGUUUCCAAAAUGAAGGAUAUGCAGAUGGAUAAGUCGGAGUUGGGGUGCCUGCGAGCCAUUGUGCUGUUUAACCCAGAUGCCAAGGGUCUGUCCAACCCAUCUGAGGUCGAGACGCUGCGAGAGAAGGUGUAUGCCACGCUCGAGGCCUACACCAAGCAGAAGUAUCCGGAACAGCCAGGCAGGUUCGCCAAGCUGUUGCUUCGCCUCCCAGCCCUGCGCUCCAUCGGCCUGAAAUGCCUGGAGCACCUCUUCUUCUUCAAGCUCAUAGGAGACACGCCCAUUGACACCUUCCUCAUGGAGAUGUUGGAAACCCCGCUGCAGAUUACCUGAGCAGCACCAGCCACAGCCUCCCCACCCAGCAUUGCCCCUGGGCAGGCGUGUAUGGAGACCCCACCCUGCACACUUCCCGUGUACUCUGCCCUCCAGCUCCCACUCUGACCCCCUUCCGGUUCCCAAAAUGUGAUGCUUAUAAUAAAGGAAACCUUUGUAUACUUGA